UUUUGAGGAGACAUAAUUUAUUUUUUCAUUUCGACAAUUUGACACCUUAUCUGUCUAACGGUGUGAGUGUGACGAUGACGAUGGCGAUGACGGCGUCUCAGCUGCGGUGGGGGUGGAGGCCGCCGCCCAAGCAGCAACGGCGUCGUGUGCUUCCGGUAGUCUGUUCCAUCGCCAUAGAGAACGCGCAGAACAAAGAGAGAGCGAAACUCAAGAAACUCUUCGAAGAAGCCUACGAGAGGUGCCGCACUGCUCCCACCGAAGGCGUCUCCUUCAGCCUCCAACAAUUCACCGACGCUCUCGACAAGUACGACUUCAACGCUGAAAUUGGCACCAAGGUUAAGGGCACUGUUUUUGCCACAGAUGCCAGUGGAGCUUAUGUGGACAUUACUGCAAAGUCAACAGCUUACUUGCCUCUGCAAGAGGCUUGCAUCCACAGAAUUAAGAAUGUGGAAGAAGCAGGUAUAGUUCCUGGCUUGAGAGAGGAAUUUGUGAUCAUUGGUGAGAAUGAAGCGGAUGAUAGCUUGAUCUUGAGUUUGAGAUCUAUCCAGUAUGACCUUGCAUGGGAACGCUGUAGACAACUUCAAACUGAAGAUGCUGUUGUCAAGGGUAAGGUUGUUAAUGCAAACAGAGGAGGUCUAGUGGCUCAAGUGGAAUGCCUUAAGGGGUUUGUUCCAUUUUCACAGAUAUCAGCGAAAUCUACCGGAGAAGAGCUUCUAGAGAAGGAGAUUCCUUUUAAGUUUGUGGAGGUGGAUCAGGAACAGUCUAGACUUGUCCUCAGUCACCGCAAAGCUGUGGCUGAGAACCAAGGACAGCUAGGAAUUGGAUCAGUAGUCACUGGCUCUGUUCAAAGCAUAAAGCCAUAUGGUGCCUUCAUUGACAUUGGUGGAAUCAGUGGCCUCCUUCAUGUCAGUCAGAUCAGUCAUGACCGUAUAACUGAUAUUGCAACUGUUCUUCAACCUGGUGAUAUUCUGAAGGUGAUGAUCUUAAGUCAUGACCGGGAGAGAGGACGAGUAAGUCUUUCCACUAAGAAGUUGGAACCCACACCUGGGGACAUGAUUCGCAAUCCAAAGCUUGUCUUUGAGAAGGCAGAGGAGAUGGCUCAGACAUUCAGACAGAGAAUCGCCCAAGCAGAAGCAAUGGCUCGUGCUGAUAUGCUUAGGUUCCAGCCAGAGAGUGGAUUAACUCUCAGCAGUGACGGGAUAUUAGGACCACUUACUUCAGACUUGCCUCCAGAGGGACUGGAUCUGAGUGAGGUACCCCCAGCAGAAGAUAUGAUUGAGAAUUGAGACCUCUUUUCCUCCCCUCCCUUUAUCUUUUUUUCUUUAUUUUCUUUUUUACACAUUGCUCUCAAUAUUGCUGUAGAACAGAAAGAUGAACCUAAUGUAGCGGUUCUUCUCAGCAACUCAUUAUUGUAGUAAAGGCAAUUGUAUAACACUUCAUUUUCUGUCAAAAUUAUUAGGAGAGGCUAAAGAUUGACAAUCGUAGAAUCAGUUCAAAAAACCAGAUUCACAUAUUUAUGUCUCUGAUAGCUAUCAUUGUCAUAAGGCAUAACUGUUAGCAACCUACUGUGUUACAGAAAUUAGCUAAUAUCACAUUGCCAUCUUCAUUCUGAAA